AACCAGAUAAUCAAGGUUUAUAUCCACAAUGAUAACAUAUUUGUAGUUUAUCCUUGGUGUGAUGUGAUGAUUUUAUUACAGCACUCUGUUGUCUUCCUCCUAAAAACUCAUAAUUCCAGACUAAUCAUGAGGAAAACAUCAGACAAAUCUCAAUUGAGGGAUGUUCUACAAAAUGCUAGGCCAAUACUUCUCAAAACUAUCAAAGUCAUCAAAAACAGGAAAAUCUGAAAAACUUUCAUGGCCAAAACCAGUGUAAGGGGACAUGAUGACUAAAUGUAAUGUAGUAUGCUGGAUAGGAUCCUGGAACAGAAAAAGGAUAUAAGGCAAAAACUAAGUAAAUCUGAAUAAAGUAUCAACUUCAGUUAGUAAGAAAAAUACAUAUAUGAAUUUUGUAACAUCAGACAAGGUACCUAACCUCAGCACCUCAGUUUUUUCAUUUCCAAAACAGCAUGUCAGGGUUAAGUUUGAUUCUAUAUAGUAGGAAAAGUAAAGAUAACUUAAACAAGAUAAGAUUUUCUUUUCUCUCGGCAGUGCCUGUGGUGGCUCAGUGAAUAGGGCGCUGGCCCCACAUACUGAGGAUGGCAUGUUCAAACCUGGCCCCCACCAAACUGUAACAACAACAACAAAAAAAUAGCCAGGCAUUGUGGUGGGCACCUGUAGUCCCAGCAACUCGGGAGGCUGAGGCAAGAGAAUCGCCUAAGCCCAAGAGCUGGAGGUUGCUGUGAGCUGUGAUGCAACAGCCCUCUACCGAGGGUGACAAAGUGAGACCCUGCUGUAAAAAAAAAAAAAAAAAUGAUUUUCUUUUCUCCCAUGUAAACCCAGAAGCCAGCCAUCCAGGACUAGUAUGGCAGGCUCAUUCUAGUUUAGGUCCUCAUCUUCACUUCCAAUUAUUACUUUCUUGAUCCAGGAAGCAGAAAAAAGGAAAGGUACUGACUUCUCCAACAUUUAAAGAGAUUUCUCAUUGACCUGAAUUUAGUUACAUGAUCAUCCCAGAGGCCAAGAAGGCCAGGAAAUACAGUCUUACAGCAAGGCAGACUACAGUGAGCUAUGAUCAUGCCACUGCUCUCAAGUCUGGUGCCGUACAAUGUCACCCAUGAAUAGCUACUGCAUUCUAGUGUGGACAGCAGUACAAGAUCCUGUCUCCUUCUCAGAGGACCCGGAUUGAAACAAGAUGGCGGGCUCAUGGUGAAGCACUGUCAAGGGAUGAAAAUUGAUUUUUCCUAGAAGCAGAUUUUAAAAGCAGUGUUUCUUCAAAACAUCUUUUUUCGUAAGUAUCUUGAUGCACCAUGGCUGGAGCAGCAGUAAAAUGGGUGAUAUCAAAGAGAAGUAUCUUGAAACAUUUAUUUCCAAUCCAAAAUGGAGCUUUAUAUUGUAUUUGUCAUAAAUCUACAUAUUCUUCUCUACCAGAUGACUAUAAUUGCAAAGUGGAGCUUGCUUUGACAUCUGAUGGCAGGACAAUAGUAUGCUACCAUCCUUCUGUGGACAUUCCAUAUGAACACACAAAACCUAUUCCUCUACCAGAUCCUGUGUGUAAUAAUGAAGAAACACAUGAUCAAGUGCUGAAAACCAGAUUAGCAGAAAAAAGUGAACGCCUUGAACAAGGACCCAUGAUAGAACAACUUAGCAAAAUGUUCUUUACUACUAAGCACCGUUGGUAUCCUCGUGGACAGUAUCACACUCGUCGUAAGAAACUGAAUCCUCCAAAGGACAGAUGAUACUGAGGUUUUCCAGGGAAUCGAGGAAAAAUGUGCCUCAGAUGGCAUUUGAGAAAAUGCAAUGUGGUAUAUUCAUUAAUAUGUUAUAUAGUAAAAUAGUAAUAAUAAAAUG